AUGGAGGAAAUUCAAGCGCUAACCGAAGGAAAGAUUGUUGCAAAACGAUGGAAGAUCAUCGAAAAACUAGGAGAGGGAGGUAUGGGAGCCGUGUUCAAAGUGCGCGAUUUAACACGUUAUCAGACGUACGCUGCAAUGAAGGUGGAAAGUGAUUUGUCGGACGGCGGCGUUUUGAAAUUGGAAGUUCAUGUUCUCAAUCAGCUAAAGAACAUGUCGCAUUGUGCGCGUCUAUUGGAUUCUGGUGAACGCGGGAAAUAUUGUUUCAUGGUUAUGACACUUUUGGGAAAGGAUUUGAUGGCACACAAAAGGGCAGCAGGUGUUCCAAUAUUCUCCGAACAAACCACUCUUCGUCUAGCAAUGGCCACCUUAUUCGCAAUCAAACAGAUUCAUGAAGCCGGUUUUACGCAUCGAGACAUAAAGCCUGGAAAUUGCGUGACUGGAAUUGUUGGAAGCGAUGCAAAAAAUAUUUAUCUCAUUGAUUACGGAAUGGUUCGACAAUUUACGGUUAUCAAAGAAAAUGGAAGAGUCGCAAUGAGAAAACCGAGAGAUGGAGACCAGUUGUUCAGAGGAACUCCUCGCUAUUGUAGUCUGAACGUGCAUCAGCGAAAAGAGCAAGGCCGAGUCGACGAUUUGUGGUCGUGGUUGUACAUGCUCGUCGAACUCCAUUGUGGUCUUCCGUGGCGUCGACUCACCGAUGAAAAACUGAUCUACAAUAUCAAGUCGACGACAUCACCUGAUGUUCUUCUCAAAAAUUGUCCGAAAGAGUUUUUGAAUAUUCACAAAUAUCUCGAAACUCUCCAAUAUAAAAGUCGACCUGAUUAUUUCGGAUUGUGGAGUGAGUGUUUCGCGGGAUUCAAACGAGUAAAGGGCUCAUUCUUCGGUCGAUUCGAAUGGGAAGUUAAUCAGGGUCCGGCUGAUCCGAUCCAGACUGCCUUGUCGAUAUCCGAAAGUGAAGAACCAACCAAACCCAAAACGAAUAUGCAGAAGGCGAAGAAGAUUUGGCCAUAUGCCGAUUCGGCAAAUUUCAAAAAGAAGAUUCUUGAUCUGUGA